UCGUUUGUCUGAUAUGAAUGCGAUCAGGGAAAAGGUUGUUAGGGAAAGAUAAGAGGAGAAGAAAUUGGAGUAAAAUGCGUGAUAAGUUAUUUGAUUUGAUAAAGAGAAAAAUAAGAUAAAAGAAAAGUGAAGGUAUUGUGUAACCGUAUAAAAAUCAAGACUGAUGCAAUAGACAGUGUUGAAGGGAUCUGUGUGUGUUGGGGUUGUGGUGAAACAAAGGAAUCGUAGAUCCGUGUAUUUGUUUGUGUACUUUGAUCAGAGAAGAGAAGCAAUGGGGUUCUGGGAAUCGUUUCUUAAUUGGCUUCGCAGCCUUUUCUUCAAGCAAGAAAUGGAGUUAUCUCUGAUUGGACUUCAGAAUGCUGGAAAGACUUCACUUGUAAAUGUUAUUGCUACCGGUGGGUACAGCGAGGACAUGAUUCCUACAGUCGGAUUCAAUAUGAGGAAAGUAACAAAAGGCAAUGUUACAAUAAAGUUAUGGGAUCUUGGAGGGCAACCUAGGUUCCGCAGCAUGUGGGAACGUUAUUGUCGUGCAGUUUCUGCUAUUGUUUAUGUUGUGGAUGCUGCUGAUCCAGACAACCUUAGCACAUCAAGGAGUGAACUGCAUGAUUUAUUGAGUAAGCCAUCAUUGAAUGGCAUUCCUUUGUUGGCGUUGGGGAACAAAAUUGACAAACCAGGGGCUCUGUCUGAACAAGCUUUGACUGAUCAAAUGGAUCUGAAGUCAAUUACUGACAGAGAAGUUUGUGUUUUCAUGAUAUCAUGCAAAAACUCGACCAACAUUGACUCUGUUAUUAACUGGCUAGUAAAGCAUUCUAAAUCUAAGAACUAAGAGGCUCGUUUCUUUUAACAUAUAUCUGGAUUUCGCUGGAGGCAUCUUCGUGUCUAACUUCGUUGCAGAUUAAUUUAGUCUUGCCGUUCUAAUGGUUUUUUAAUGUAAAUUCUUCGACAAAAUCAAAAGGGAUGAUAUUCAUGUCAAGGGUUAUUUUAUGAGUGAAUCAUGUUCUCAUUGUCAGUUUAGUUGCAUCUUUAGAAUACUGACAGAAAUGAACUGCAGUUGUGAAAGGAAUUGAUUCUGUCUCAUCUGUAAAUCAGAUUUUAUUUUAUUUUUCAUAAUGAUUAGAAAGGUGUGAUCU